UCAGAAAGGCUAUAUAACUGAAAGAGAAAGACUCGACUUGCAACAGUCUAUAAAGUGAGUUGGCAGCGGUAGCAUCGAAGCAUCCCCAGUUUCCGAAAAUAAGAAAAAAACAAAACAAGGAGGAUGUGUUUUUUCAAGCUGAUGGCCUUCGCGUGUUUUGUGGCGGCGGCGGAAGCAUCCGAUCUCCCCGCGGGGAGGAACCCGGUAGAAGAUGCUGGCAACUACACAGUUUUGUACAACGGGCCAGAAGGAAGCCACUUACAGACCGGUGAACCGGGAAAAGCAGUGAAAGGAUUCUACACUUUCGUCGAUUCUCGUGGAAGAAAACAAAAAGUCACUUACCAAGCCGAUGAGAGAGGAUACCGCGUGACGUCCACUGCCCUGGUCGUGGAGACUGAAGAUGUUUCACCUACGACACGAAGACCAAGAAUCAUAGAAAAGAUUACACCUAAAUUUCAAGCAGGGGUUUUGUUUACAAAGAAAAUGAAUGAACCUCAGAGGGAAUUCUUAAACUCUGGGAUUCUUCCAUCCUCGACAGAAGAAUCCAUUGCAGCAGAACCCAAGUCAAUGGUACCAGAGCUUCAAUUCAAAAUUCCAGCCCACCCUGUUAUUUCCACAACAUUUGAACAAGAAGCAACCAAAACUUUGGUGCCACCAGAAUCGAAAGGUCAAAUUAGGUUCAAAGAACCAAAAGUACUACUAAACUAUGAUGCUGCUUACAAUUUGGGUUACCCUUUUGUGGAUGGGAUCUACGUCUAUGCUCUUUAGAUCGUCAAUUCUACAUUUCGUUAAAACUUUCUUGUUGAUUUCUAAGGUUGUUUCCUACCAACUGUUGUACGAUUACUCACCGGUGGGUGUCGUCCAUUGUUGUUCGUCACCUGUUGGAGACAUUCAACAAUGACAAACUUUUCCUUGUUAAUACAGUUAAAAUCUGA